AUGGUCCUACCAGUCCCACAGCUUGGCGAUUUUAUCACCUUUCCAGCCACUCCAACCAACUCAGUGACUAUUGGCUGGUAUCAAACCAAAUGGACUUGGCGUGAAGAGGAGUACUAUUGUGCUCCAUGCUUCACCAGAGGCAAAGAUACUACAGAUUUUGAUAUAGGCUAUCCAACCAUCAUCUUCAUUGCCCGUGAAUGGGCUGAUCGGCUCUAUCAUAAUGCGCCUGGCUGGACGGGUUUGAAGAAUCUCCACAUCAUGUCCUUCUUGGGAGCAAACGUUCCAGCGGAUUUGUCCGAUCAGUGGAUUGAAACCAAAAUCUCGCCCCAGUUCUUCUACGGGCAGGAUAAGAAGACCGAUGCCACGUUCCGGUGGAUUGUUUACCACCCGGCUGACCGUAAUCCGGCCCAGGGACGUUUUGUCAAGAAUGGAACUCAGCGAGUUGUCAGCGAUCUCAUCGGAGCGACUCCUGCAAUCAAUAUUCCAAACGUAGGCACUAUCGCCUUCGACGCGGAGACAGCAAAGAGGGUCAAUUCCUGGGGCGUUAGGAUUUUGGGUAAUAAGCUACAUCAAUUCGGUCACGAACCGAGUAAGGAGUACGAGCUGUCUGAUGAUGAUAUUGAAUCCAUUAAGAAUGACCUGAUCGCACAAUUGAAGGGCUACACUGUUGAGAAGGGCCAGGAGACUAAGAACCCGACAAAUCCGGGGAUUUCAGGGUUGACAGUGAAUGUUAUCCCUGAGGCCGAAUCUUCUAAGAAGCCUACUACCAGUAAAACAAGACAGGCGUUCAUUGAUAAGAGUUCGAACCCACCUAUUCCAAUCGAGAAGCCAAUCGAGAAGCCAAUCGAGAAGACAACCGACAAGCCCAUUUCUGCUCUUAAGGGCCCUCCAGGCCCCACCAAGAAAAGCCAAGUGGCACCAGCUCCAACAAACCGGUGA